CUCUCAACUGAAAGGUGUCUAAUAGCAAAACAUUUCUUAUUCGGAUUUAAUUGUUGAUUACUUUCUAUUUUUGAUUGAGCUUUCUAUCACAAAACCUUCCUUUCCAUCAUGUCAUCUACAGAGGCUGAAAUUACUGCUGGAAACGAUGCUGUGGUGCCUGAAACACCAGACACAACUGAAACUACAGAAAAGGUAAAAACUCCAGAGCCAGCCGAAGAAACACCCAAAAAUACGAAAACACCCGAGCCCACAGAAGCAACUGAAAAUACAUCAACUGAAACACCUCAGCCACCCGAGGUCAUAGUUACAACUGAUAAACCGGCUACCCCAGUUCCAUGUGAAAUAUCAGAAACAGAUAAACCAGGCGAGCAAAACGAAUCGAUAGAGAAAACCAAAACCCCAGAGCCAGCAGAAACAACCGAUUCUGCACAGGCAGAGAAUCCCACUGAAGAAACGCCACAAAGCGAAACCGAACCACAGCCGGAAACGGCUACAAAGGUAGAUACUGUUGAUGCACCAAUAGAAAAUCCUGAUGAUGCUAGAGCAGAACCAGAAAAUACCAACGGUGAAGGUGGUGAUUCUAUUAAAGAUGUUGAUGCUGUAGUUGAUGAACUUUUACAAGAUAAGGAGCUCGAAGCCCGACAGAAAACACCAACCGAAGAAAGAGCAACUGAUGUAGACACAACUGAUGGUUCUAAUACUGGUACUAAGGAAAAUAGAAGUACCGAGGUGGAACCGGAAACACGUGGAGAAGAUCGAUCUGAUGCACCAAAGGAAGAAGCAGAAGGACGAGGUGAUGAUGGUGUGGAUGACCCCGCAGCUGCUCCAAAAUCUUCCAUUGGAGACCAUGAUGCUCAAAAAGAUGCAAUGACCAAACUUGUAGACGAGAAGACGAAAUUAGAAUCUGAAUAUAACGACAUGAAAACCCAGUUAGAUGCAUUGAAGGACAACUACACAAAAAUGGAAGUAGAGGUUGAAACAGUGAACACAUCUAGAAAAGAGCAAGAUAGUUAUAUACAAUCUUUAAAAACAGAUAUAACCAAGUUGAAAGAAUAUGAAGAUUGGGGUAAAGACAACGAACAGAAGUUUAAAGAUGUUCAAACUAAGUUGACGAGUUUAGCAGAAGCUGAAGAUAGCAAAAACAAAAUGAUACAGGAUUUGGAAAAACAGUUGACUGAAGCCAAAGACAAACUGAAAAAUGCAGAGCAAAAGGUUGAAGAGCAAGAAGCAUCCGCAAGUAGAUCAGGCGAAUCAAAAGAGGGAGAGAAGUCCAGAACCUGCAGCAUUAUGUAAAAUUAUCAAAAAUGGUAUUUUCGGACGGGUAUCAUUUUAGUUCAUUAAUCACAAAAUUGUCUGCAAUCAUCCUUCGAAAAAUCUAUCAGAUGAAGUAACCUAACUGUAUAUUGUUUGAAAAAUUCAUAUUUUGAAUGAUCGUCUGGCUCUUCUGACUUUUCGGAUGCUCAAGAGGCUUCUGCAGAGAUGAUAGCAAAACUUUGGUGUCAAAUGAUCUUCACAGAAUUAGGAAAAAGAAUUCAUAAAUUAAAUGAUCGGAGAGGGUGAGCUCACCCUGAUAAACACCCACUACAACAAUCGUCCGGGUUUUAUAUCUAAUUGAAAAACUUUUGAAUUCUUGUUAAUAGAAUCUACACGUACUAUUAUUUGUCUUUCAUUUACAUGUGACAUUGUAAAUUUAACUGUAUAUAUUGAUUCAAAUAAUUUAUUUAUUCAUACUGUAUGUUUUUUAAUAUUUAUAUAAAAUUAUUUCAUCACACUGU